GUAAAAGGAGUGAAUGAUGAUGGAAAAACUCAAUGCAACUUCUGGAGGCUACUAGGUUUUUCUAAUUGGCCUCGUGUGGAAGUAGUACUCUUUGUGGUUGUCUUGAUGUUUUACUUGAUGACAUUGACAGGCAACCUGUUCGUCAUUAUCUUAUCAUACCUGGACUCCCAUCUGCACACUCCCAUGUACUUCUUCCUCUCAAACCUGUCUUUUCUGGAUCUCUACCAGCUUCAUCCCCCAGUUGCUGGAUGUGAGCUGCUGGUGGUGAUGUCCUGUGACCGUUAUGCAGCUGUAUGUAGACCUUUGCGUUACACUGUCCUCAUGCACCCUCGUUUCUGCCAUCUGUUGGCUGUGGCUUCUUGGACAGCUAAUGAGCUGGCCCUCAUGGUCAGGAGCUCCGUUUUUGUUGUCAUACCUGUCAUCCUCAUUCUCAGCUCCUAUGGUGCCAUUGCCCGUGCUGUGCUGAGGAUGCAGUCAACAGCUGGACUUCAGAAAGUCUUUGGGUCAUGUGGAGCCCAUCUUCUGGUUGUGUCCCUGUUUCUCAUUCCAGGAAUGUUUAUAUAUCUCCAGCCCCCAUCAGGAGGUUCUCAAGAUCAAGGAGAGUUCAUUGCCCUUUUUUAUACUGUUGUCCCACCUAGCCUCAACCUCUAA